GAAAUAGUGAGAUCGAGGUGACUGAAUAACCUAACUACCCAUAAGUUAAGUACUGAACAGAUAUUCUACCUAGUACCUACAUACAUCCAUUUCAAAAUUAACGAUCAAAUCAAGCCCACCAAAGUGUAUCGAUCAAAUUAAUUAUCCUCACACAAACACACGUUUUUGGACGACAGAAUACUGUUUUAUUCCAUUAUAUCCCACUAUUAGCACACUCUCACACACUUACUCGCACACAAAAAUCUCCCACUAUUGUUGCUAUAGUGAUAGAAACCGUUUCUAUCUGCAUUUCUAAGCACUUUUAUAACUUCAUUUCCAACACUUGAAAAGCUGGCUUACACCAACCUUACCCAUUUUCACUCCUUCCAUCUCUUACAAUUACCAGCUAGCCGCAAGCGAGUACGAGUAAGUGCAGUUCAUCUUCAUCUGGUUUGCACUUGUGAUUAAUCCCAGUGUUCAGGAAUCACCACAUAUAUAAAUGGCUUCCUCCUCGCCACGAUGUUUCCAGGUAACUACUUACCCUUCUCAACAUAAUACUACUUUUUAUUAUUACCUUUAUUAUAAGUAUGCAUCAUACUAAACAAGAUAAUAAUUAUGGAUGCUCUAACUCAUCCCGCUCUUCCUAUAAAGGUGUACGCUGUAGGAAGAGUGGGAAGUGGGUAUCAGAAAUUCGAGAGCCUAAGAAGCCUACUCGAAUUUGGCUUGGGUCUUACCCUACUCAAGAGAUGGCUGCCGUGGCCUAUGAUGUGGCAGCCCUAGCUCUAAAGGGCCCCGGCACCCAACUCAACUUUCCCGACUCCUCCCCCUAUCUUCCGGUCCCUCACUCCACCUCUCCGAGGGAUAUCCAGGCAGCUGCUGCCUCUGCAGCCGCAGCAGCUGGUGCUGCUGCGGAUGCAUUGAAUUCCGAAAGAAGGGCAAACCUAAGUGGUGGUGGUCAAAAUGAUGGUCAAAUUGAUGAAAAUAAUAGAGGGAAAAGAAUUGAGGAAUAUUUUGUGGAUGAAGAUUUAAUAUUUGAUAUGCCAAAUGUGUUGGCAAAUAUGGCUCAAGGAAUGCUCCUUAGCCCUCCUCGAUUGGAUGUUCCUACUAAUUAUGUAGAUGAUGAUGAAGAUACUAUUGGCAAUUCUUCAGGAAAUCACAACCUUUGGAAUUAUCCAUAAAAUAUAAUCUUAUAACUAUUAUCCUAAAUCAUAAUAAAUAUAUAUGUUAAACUCUACGAAAGUAAGAUUAAGGGGAGUAUUAAUAAUCAAGUAAUAAUAAAUAUAGUAAUGUAUGUACGUUGUAUGUAUUAUAAGUAUUUUGUAUAAAUAGUGCUUGUGUACAAAUAGUUAUUAAAAUAAAACUAUCUUGCACUACUUUGGAUUAGUUAUGGAAACCUACAAAUUUCCUUUAUAAGGGUUUUUUUUUUUUUUUAAUCUUUUAUUUAUGAAGAAGGUCACGUUAUUAUCUGUAUAAGUUUUUUUGUUUAAAAUUGAAGGUCUGUAAGCUCAAGAUAUAUAAACUGAAUUUGUUCUUAUUGGGUCAUAUGUUAAAUGUAUGUCUAAAUUUUCUGUAGUUAUUUUCUUUUUGGGUAAUAUGUAACUGUACGUUAUUUGUUAGCUAGGUGAGUGGUAGCUUUCUCAGUAGUGUUAUUAAGUCUUAAAAUUACUCUAUCAAUUAAUUAUGUUUUAAUUAGUAAGAUAAUUGUCAUUACAAAGUUCAGGAAUGUGUAUACAUACUCAGCACCACUAUCUUGUUUUCAGUUACACUACUUAGAGGUGGUGUACCUAAUGUUUGAUUAGUUAGUAGGGUAAUUUUCAUUAGAAAGGUUGAGGAUGCCUAUACACAGCACCGCUAUCUUGUUACUAGUUACACCUAAAGUUAAAUGUACCCUUAAGUUUGAAAAAGCAAAAAAAACACACAUAGGUACACUGAAAAUUCUAAUAAUUGGUUUUGAUAGUUUGUUUAAUCUGCUUCUUUUAGAAGAUACUUAAUAGUUUUCUUCCGAUGCCCUUUAUCUCAUGUUUAAUUCUAAUGUAUUAAAUAAAAAAAAAAAAAAAAAAAGGGAAUAUAUUAGCAGUUGGUAGUUGAUGUCCUCUUUUAGUAGUUGAUAGAGAUGGCUUGAUUUAAAUGGGGCAAAGACGCAAAGUAUUGUUAGCCUCUUAUAUAAUUGGUAAGAGAGUCAGCAUCAUGAGCAUCAUCAUGGAUAAAUUGAUGGUUGAAAUUUGGAAAAGGUGCGUGGAUGAUAGAUGUUUCAAUUGUUGAAAAUUUGUAAAAAUACGGUUGGUACACAGCCGGGAAGAAACGAACAACUGCCAUCGGUUUUUUUUUUUUUUUUUUGUCUCUGCCCCUAUUAUCUUUGUUUUCCUUGUUGGAAAUGCUAAAAUGGGUGUACAUAAACAACGGAAAUAAUUUUGGCAUAUUAAAAUUUAGUUUAAUUUAUUUUAAGCCACACUCCUUAUGAGAAUAUCAUAAAAACCUGUGUUUUCACAAUAAUGGAUGUGUUAAAAUCAAGUUACGUGUGGCUAUAUUAUUCCCAUAAACAAGAAUCAAAGUUGUAUAGUGAUUUGGUGUACAAAGAUAAUAAAUAAAUAAAAGAAUAUCAUUGAUUUGAAAAUUGGAAAUUUUUACCCUCAAAAACUUUUGGGUACAAAGGGUAUGUAGCAAUUAUUAUUGAUCAAUGCCUAGUUUAUUAUAGUUUUAGGAUGAUUUUUUUUAUCAAUUUUGGGGUAAUUUAACCUAUUAUGCAUAACUAUUAACAUAUUAUGUUUUUUUUCUUUCUUUUUCACAUACCUACCUUAUUAUGAAUUUUAUGGUACAUUAAGUGGUCAAUUUUAAAGUAUACAUGUUGUAAAUUAAAGAGUAGAAAAACUUCUAAAUAAGACGAGUGUACUAUAAAUUGAAAGGAAUGGUGUCCUUCAAACAAGUGUGUUAUUCCGAUAGAGGAUUCGGAAUUAAUUAGA